AUGUUAUGGAAGAAAAUGUAUGAUGACACUGAAUGUACAAUUUGUGUAGCCGUCGCACGAAGUUAUAAUGUUAGGAAGAUAAAGAACAGACAUUACGUAAUUGGUUGGAAUCAACAUUGCCUCUGUGAUACUGACUGCGAGAUACCGGACCAGCACUGUUCGGGUAUGAGCACCAGCUGGGCGAUGCUACGACGAUGUCUGCCGACAAUGUGCGCCGCGCUGUGCGUCGCGCUGCUCUUCGCCGCAAAGCCGAGCCGCGCCUACCAAGAAGACAACGACAUAGAUCUCAACCCGUCAGACCCUAUUCCCGAGAGGUGCAAGAGAGAAGACGGCCGUGAAGGCAUAUGCGUCCCUGAUGACCAAUGUUACGCGAACUUUACGCUAGCCAUUGGUGGCGACAUACAGGGAAGCGAACUCAGGGACAGCGGUUUUGUACGAGAUUGUGGUAAGAAUAAGUGGUGUUGCACGAAUGACACCGCACCACCAACGAUAACUUCAACUGAUACCCCAGGAUGCGUUAGAGUCUACGAAGAAGAAGAGAUUCAAUGUCCCUGGUGUGUCGCUUUAUAUCGGCCGGGCGGCGACGUGGCGCGCGGGCAGCGCACGGCGUCGGGCCUGUACUGCGGCGGCGCGCUGGUGGGGCGGCGCGCCGUGCUGACGUCGGCCACGUGCGUGCGCGCCGCCGCCGCCGAGGCCACGUGGGCGCGCGUGCCCGCCGCGUCCGACCCCGCGCGCCGCUACUCCGUCCUGCAAAAAGUAACCCAUGAGAAUUACAGCACUGGCACACAUGCGAACGACUUCGGACUUCUUGUUCUGAACGAGGACGUGCAGUGGGAUGAUGGACCACAACCUUCUAAAGGAGCGUGUAUAGGCCUUCAGUCACCGCUAGAAGGCGCUUGUUUUGCGGCUGGAUUUAAUAUGCUGGAAGAUAUAGUUAUGACGGCGGUGACGGUUCGGAGUGGCAACUGCCGGACACGUGGGCGGCGGACUCACGCCAGUAAAGACGUGGCGUGCGGCGCUGCCAGUGUCACGCCGUGCCCCAUAGUGCCUGGCGCGCCGGUCGUCUGCCCCACCGUCACUGACGAGCAGGGUGGGCUAGUGAUCACUGGUGUGGUGCGACAAGUUUGUAUUGAAGGUUCCGCGAAGCUAGGAAAGAUACAGAUGCACGCGCAGUGGCUGCAGUUGCAGCUGCAACGGCUCGGAGUUGAACCAAUUAAUAACAUGUUGUAG